AUGGAAAUGGUUCCCAAAUCUCAAACUCCGCCGCCGCGGCAGCCACCCGAGUCUAGUUCUAGCAGUAAUAAUGCAUCAUGGGUAGCCUACGGGUACCCUGUUACGUAUACAAUACCAACUGACGCCGCCGUUCUUCCUGCCCGCACUGGUGGCCGGAGGACUUCUGCGGCGUCCGCCAGUCGCUAUUCAGUAUCUACUAAUCGGCUUCCACUGGGAUCGGAAUGUACUUUUGGCUAUAAAAUGUGUUCUGGGAUCAUGUCCUUAAUUUUGAUCGCGUUUUUAUUUUUCCUCUUUGGGAGCAUGAUGAAUGCAAUCGGCCGGAACGCUUACACUGUGGGCGUCAAUAUUGGAUCUUUCAGUGUUUCCAAUAUGAACAUCUCCAACAAUCAAUUCUCAGCUAAUUGGUCAAUCGGGUUGAAUAUCACGAAUUCACAACCUCAGGUCUGUCAAGGUUUGGUGUACGCCGUCAACGUCUCUGUUUUUUAUCCCAAUUCAAUUCCUGAUCUCCUCCUUGUCACCGACGGGAAUCACCGAGCCGUUCAAGAUACGGCCGUCAACCAAACGUCGGUUUACCUCCGACCCGUUUCGUGGCUGGUGGGUUUGGAUGGUUCGGGUGGGGAUUUAAUGAACCAAGACGCCAGUGUUGAUGGGGUUAUGGAGUUUGACAUCCGAUUGUCACUCACAUUUGAAUCAGCUAGUGCUACUAAUCAAUCCAAAACGUAUCCUUUUGAAGUGAUUUUCCUAGAUUGUAAAGGUAUAAAGUGUAUGGCUGAUAAGCAGCAUAUAGAUGAAGAACGGAUUAGCAAGCUUCCAGAUGAAAUCCUUAGUCGCAUAUUGUCGUAUCUACCGCUCAAAGAAGCUGGCAGAACAAGUAUUCUGUCCAAAAGAUGGAAACGCGUGUGGACUUUGGCUCCUGAUCUUGAUUUUAACGGCUUCACCACAUUGUGCAAGAGCCUAACUGGGGAGGGGUACAAUGACCGAAUGAUAAGGGAAAGGCCUAAAUUUGUGAAUUUUAGGAAGGAUGUCUCCAGGCUUUCAUGCUUCUUUUCAAAGCUAAAGAGUCUUUCCUUAUUUUUGGGUUGGCGCCAGGCUAGAGAGGUUGAAGGGUCUCUGCCUCAAUUACCUGCACUGAAGGAACUAUGUAUAGAGCUUUGUUUAGCUGGCAAAGAGAGCAUGUGCAGACUUACUACGUUUUUUAGGGCAUCCCCAAACCUGGAGAAGCUUGUAAUAAAGACAUUAUACCCGCGGAAAAUAGUGACCCGCAGAGAGUCAGAUAAUGUUGUAAAUUACCCUCUUCAACAUCUUAGAGUGAUUGAGAUGUCUCAAUGCCGUGGCCGUUCGAUUGAGUUUGAACUAGUCAAGUAUUUACUUAAAAAUGCAAUUUCCCUUGAGAUAACUGUUGAUCCGCGUCAUAAAAUGGCUUCAUUUGGUAAUAAUGAUUGGCUCCGUGAUUCUGGGAUACUCGAUGAACAAGCUGCAUCACGCGACCAGAUCAUAAGGUUAAGGGAGCAGCAAAGUUUAGGAAUAAGGCCUCCAUUUGGUGGUGAAGAUUGGUUCUGCGAUCCUGAGACACUCAAUCAAGAAGCUCAGAUAACAGACGAGGCCCGAAGGUGUGCUGAGCAGCAACUCUUAGGAAUAAUGCCUCCGCAUGUGACAUUACAGAUCCUUUAG